AUGGCGCACCAGCGAUGGGCUCUCUUUGCCGUAUCGGCUUUCUUCUAUCUUUUCCUUGCCGCUCUCCCAGGAAGCACUGCCAUCGACAUAGCACAGGCCCCGAGGUACAUGGGGCAGCUAUCGUCUGGCACACUCGAAUCCGUUUCUCCGUCACUGCAAUUCAAGCAAAGCAUCAGCUCUGCUCAAGAGCCAGACAGCGACCGCCUGAACAAGCGCCAAGGAGGUCGCAUAGAAAAGGUUGAAACAAAGUAUAUCGAUCUUUCAUUCUACUCUCGCUCUCAGUACCUCGAGACGCAUCCAACGGCAAUCGCGGAUAAAGACUUCAAAUCGUUCCACUGGGCGAUUGUCAGUCGUUCACGCAACAGCGAACUUGCCGACGCGUUUGACGCCUCGGACAGCUUGAGCGUCCAACAAGGCCCCAAGGUAGUGUCAAAUCCCUUGGGAGAAGGAGGGCAAAAGAAUUUCCUUUUCCAGUACAAGUAUGGUGUCAAGCCUGAGAAGGCCAGCACCCUCUCUGCCAGAGUGACGUUGGGAAAGACUAAGACGUCGACAAGAGCAAUCACAGAGGCACUCGAGGAGGUGACCAUUCCCAACUGCCAAGAAAGUUGUGUUGAUUGGGCCGUCGGCGCUAUUACCAAGUUGCAGGAAAAGGGACUGCUGCCCACGUUCAAUGUCGGAGACCUUUCCACGAGGGCCUUUGACUAUGCGCUCAACACGCGGACGGCGCUCAAGCUCAUGCUGGACAGGGGAGAGACGGAUCGGUUUUUCCAGAGAAGGCUCGAGAUAGCUCAGUACCAGAAUGAGGGUGUUUGCAAGAAGAGGACAAAGUAG